AAUUUGCCUCCUGCCUAAUCACCCCUCCAGUCAAGUUGUAAUGGCUCAAAGCGACUACAGAGGAGGUGAUUUCAUCACUAUACAGUGCGACGACAAAACGGAAUCUGUUGUAUGGCAAUGCAACGGAACGUCUGGGAAUUGGAUACAACUGGCAAACCUUGAUUGCAGACCAGAACCAGGUGGACUGUCGACUGGGUUAUCAUUGGUAUCGUGGUUGGAAUAGUGGUUGUAGUUACCCUCGGAAUGAUUUUUUGUUUUCUCUACAAGAUGGCUUCCAGGAAACGGCCUACGACCAAUAAUGGCAUGGUGCUGAGGGAACAUCGCAUCGCCCAACCUCAGGGAAGGGAAAACCAAGGUGGUGACUUUGCUCAAUCAGAAUUCGCGGGCGCCGUCCAGAACAGGCACUUUGAUAGGACCGGCACAUUGCCAGCGCCUCCGCUUGGGGGUUUCACGCCUUCAGACCGCAAGGAAGGGGCGACCCCCGAAGAUCUUCCCCCUGCUUAUGACUACGACCCCAGUCAAGAAUGUUCUGGAGGCAAGGACAGUAACUAUGAAGAAAUAAUACAUAAAGUGGAAAGGCCCAACAGGAAGCACGGUAAUGUGUACCAGGGUAGUCUUAGAACAGAUUAA